CCAUGGCAUUCAGAGUAUCCCGUGCAGCUCCGUCGCUGUUCUGUCGUCAACAAGCCCUGCGUACCAAAUCAUCCCAUGUCCUUCCAUCGUUGACGCAAUCGAGAUGCUUUGCUUCCACACGGCCUUCUCGCCUCAUGGAAAUGACAGGCUUUACACAAGAUCAACUUGAUGUGCGAGAAGCAGUGACAAAGAUAUGCUCACAUUACCCAGAUGAGUAUUGGAUGGAACGAGACAAUACGGGCGAGUAUCCUCAUGAACUUCACCGUGAUCUUUCUCAAGAUGGUUGGAUUGGCAUUGCAUUGCCUGAAGAAUUAGGAGGCGCUGGCUUGGGCAUUUCCGAGGCCACUAUGAUGCUGCACACGAUCGCUGAGAGUGGAGCAGGGAUAGCCGGCGCUCAGUCAAUACAUGCAAACGUUUAUGCUACUCAGCCUGUUGCCAAAUUCGCAACUCCAGAACAGAGGCAGCAUAUGCUCCCUGACCUCAUUGCAGGAAAGACAAGAACUUGUUUUGGCGUUACUGAACCAAAUACCGGCCUCGAGACACUGAAGCUCCGGACUACCGCUCAAAGAGACGGGGAUGAUUACUUGGUGUCCGGCCAGAAAAUAUGGAUUUCCUCGGCCCAGGUAGCCACCAAAAUGGUUCUUCUAGCUCGUACGACUCCGUUAGAAGAAGUCCGCAAGCCUUCAGAAGGCCUUUCCCUAUUCUUCAUCGACCUAGACAAAAGUGCCCCAGGCCUCGAGCUCAAGCGCAUCAAGAAAAUGGGUGGAAGAGCAAUCGACGCCAACGAGGUCUUCUUCGACAACUACCGCAUCCCAAAUCACACCCGAAUCGGCGACGAAGGCCAGGGCUUCAAAAUCGUCCUCCACGGCAUGAACGCCGAACGAUGUCUACUCGCCGGAGAAGCACUGGGUAUCGGAUAUGCAGCACUCAAAAGAGCGACCGACUACGCUAGAGAAAGAGAAGUUUUCGGGAGGAAGAUUGGACAGAAUCAGGGGAUUCAGCAUCCGCUUGCAUCUGCGUAUAUGCAUCUUGAGGCUGCGAAGCUGGCAACGUAUCAUGCUGCUCGUCUUUAUGACAAUAAUUCGAAAGAUGCGAGUAUUACGCAGCAUGCUGUAGGUAUAGCGUGUAAUUCUGCCAAAUAUCUUGCUGCUGAGGCGGCGUUUACGGCUUGUGAAAGAGCGGUAUUGACGCAUGGUGGGAUGGGGUAUGCACAGGAAUACCAUGUAGAGCGUUAUCUCAGAGAAGUGUUUGUGCCUCGAAUAGCACCAGUCUCGAGAGAGAUGAUUAUGAAUUACAUUGGCGAGAAAGCACUGGGGCUUCCUCGUAGCUAUUGAAAAGGGUCUUGCAAUUGCAGGAAUACGUUGCGCUUCUCCUAUGCAUAUAUACGAACGUAAUGCCACCAUUGUUACACUGUUGAAACCGUGUCCAUCGCUUUUUGAGCUCUCUCUUCCCGCACCUCUCGAUGACGAGGCAGUGGUCCUUCAAAUUUCCAGAAUCAAUGCAUAUCAUCCAUCAGUUGAUUUAAACCCUGAAAUCGUCUCUCUUCUCAGCCUCUGUCCCCAUCCACCACAUCACACCAUAUACCUGAUCUCCACAAACGUAAAAAUCGUAUCACUUCCAGAGUCUAAGCAUGUUUCCAUCAUAGAAAUGUUCAGAACUGUGUCGAUGGCCAUAUUUUCAGUGCCCAUUGGUUGAUCAGUGGUUUUUUAUGGCACUAUUCAUUGUCACUGAAGGUAGCAUGCUAACAAAAAACUCUGAAAACUUAGAAUAUCAUUAACUAUUUAAAAAAAUGAAAACCACGAGUCUGCUCAAAGGAAUCGUGAAAAGUAGUGAAGUAGAUACAGAAGAAGAAAACAAAGUAGAAAAAUCUGGAUCUCUCCCUUCUUACAUCCUUCUGCCUUCCUCCGAGUUGCUCCAUCACAAAGACGAUCGACAGAUAUCUACUGAUCAGCUUUGACCUCACUAUCGCCGUCCUGGCUGGCGGUUUUUUCUCCAGCAUCCACGGCAUCAAUUUGCCCUUCCGGAGUAUCGCCACCGGCCUGAACUUUUCCGAAGCUAAAUCCACCGCCACCACCACCAAACCCUCCUGCUCCCGCAGCACCCCCUCCAUAGCCACCCGCUCCCGAUCCAUAGCCACCAGAUCCCCCGGAACCGCCUCCAGACACGCCCCCUCCUCCAGCACCACCUCCACCGAAUCCUCCUCCUCCGGCUCCGGCACCGCCUCCUCCUAUCUGGCCACCACCUGACAUGCAAAUUGUGCCUUCAGAGCACCACAGCGCCGAAGCCGCCGCCCUUUCCAAAUCCACGUGCCUGGAGAUGAUCCGAAACAAUGAGGUUUUGAAUCGUAUUUUCGAGAAGAGCGACGCGGGCGAUGAGGUUGUGAGUUUGGAAGGCCUCAGUAGAAAUGUCUUCAUCCCGUGGUAAGAUAGCGGCGUUGGUGCUUGGAAGUGGCGACGAGGUCGU